UUCCUGUACAUCAGGAUCAUAGAACUGGAGGAAGCUCUUGAAGAUGAGGAGUAGGGUGGAAGCAAUGAUCUCAGUCCGUGAUAAUGUCAUCUUGUUUGAUAAUGCUGCUAUGCCUCGAUACUCAAUCAGGAAGGUUUGGAAGUCACUUCGUCCUUAUCAGCAACGGGUAUCAUGGUGGAAAAUCUUGUGGAAGGGAGUGGCUAUUCCUAGAAACAGGGUUAUCACAUGGCUGGUAGUCAGGGGAAGCAUUAACACAAAAAGGAAGAUGUUGAAAUGGGGAUUUUCGGGUGAUCUAUCAUGUUGUCUUUGCCAAUCAGGGAUAGAGGAUAGGGAUCACCUGUAUGUUCAUUGCUCGUUCUCGAGGCAGUUGUUUGCUGCGCUAAUUUGCAGGUUUCUACAGAUGCCUAGGGUGCAAGAUUGGGAAGGGUUGCUGAGUUUCUUGAUUAGGAAACUUGGUGGACUGAUGGAAGCUGCUGAAUCAGGGUGGUUAUCUGGCAGGCGUGGGUGAGCCACAUAUGGAGAGAGCGAUGCAGGAGGCUGUAUGCAGGAGAAGUUAGGGAUUAUCAGGUUUUGUUGAAAGCUAUUCGGGGAGAGAUAGAGUGUGUGUUGGGUUUGCAGAGCGUCUCUUGUUUUGGUUAAUUAAUCUGCCUUAGAGAUUCAAUUUUGAUAGGUUUUGUUCUUGCUUUGUUCGUACUUAUAGGUUGAUUAAGCCUACUUAGCAGGGCAGUUGCUAACAACCCUUUUUUAUGAAUAAAGAUCCCAUCGAUUC